AUGCAUCCCCACUGGUACUCUACUUCGCCUGACUUGCAGCGCAGGCUCAUUUCCCUCUUCAUUUUAUCGCUGGCUCCCAAGAGCCCGAUCACCACGCUCUCUCCCACUCCUUCUUCCCCACAAAUCAUAUUCAAUACCGAGCUGGAGUAUACUCGCUCGCCGCAUGACAUUGCUGCCGUGCUGCGAUGGGCCCUCCGGCAUGUGCGUCUAGAAGGCGACUCUUUUGGUGGUCCUAACACCAAUCCAUGGCAAUGGUAUACUGCAUUCUACGAGACCGAGCGGGAGAAGCAUCAUCCGCCCAGUGCUUUCUCUGAGAUUCUGGUGCCACAGCUACCUCCGGCACAUCUCCAGCUCCUCGUUUCCACUCUCGAACUUGUCUCUUCUCUUGCAGCACAUUCGGAGCGCAAUGGAAUCUCCGGUAGCAAACUAACUAAAUUCAUUGGGCUCUGGUUGCUUGCGGCCCAGCGGACUGAGGACGGGGACGACUGGGCGUCGUUCUAUGCGCGGUGGGAGCGUGCAGGGCGCAUUCUGGAGCAUAUCUUCCUAGCACAGAUCAGGGACGAGAUGACUCGCAAGAAGAUGCCUCUGCGUCUAUCCGAGCUGGUUGCAAGCUAUCCUUAUACCAGAGCAUCAACUAUCGAGGAGGGUCUACUCCCUCGACCCCGCCUGUCUAGUCGCCGGUACGACGCACUGCAUGUCCGUGUCGAAACGCAGCUGCCGGACUUCACAACUCCACGGCCCAAACAGCACCCCCUUCGCAUUAUUGCUGAUGCAAUUAAGGCGGAGGUUAUCUCUCAAAGCGGCCAGUAUCAAGACAUAUGGGACGCAAUAAAGCGU